GUUGCCUUUCUUUUCACGUGAGUCAGUGUGGUACUAUUUGUUUAGCAUUUAUUUCUCUCUCUCUCUCUCUCUCUCUUUUUUUGUUUAUGGCUCAACUCUGAGUCUGUUACUACUACCACCACACACCAGUAGUACUAUUCUACUCUCUCACACAAAAAUCAAAAAGAACCUGAUUCUCUGAACGCAAUUCAGUCAGGAACAAUUUUAUUUACUUUUCUUCUCUUUUAUCUUUUCCUUUUUGUUUCUUUGCUUUUCACAUUUCUCAUUCAUUCCUAUCUUAACUCACCGUACUACCUUUCUUUUUUGUUUCUCUUCAAAUUAAAGCUUUUGUUUUGAAUUGGAAUUGGAAUUGGAAUGGAAUGGAUGAGAAUAACAAUAACCUUAUUAUUAUUAUGAAAUGGACAAAACUGUGAUGAAGAAACGUCUACCCACAAAACGACACAUUAUUAUUAACGAACAACAACAACAAUCUGCUAUUUGUGGUGGGGACCUAAUUAAAUUUAACAAGAAGAAGAAGAAGAAGAAAUCAAAGAAAGAGAAAGUUAGAAGCUUGAGUGCUAUUGCUGUUGUUCAUAAAUCAAUGCCAUCUUCACUACCCAAAAACAAGGUUUUCAAUGAAUGCAAUGGCGUUGAUCAUUCCUCUGUUCCCAGGAAGAUACGUUCAGCAAUGAAGAAGAGGGGUCGCGAAUCAAUCUUAAGUGAUUCAGAAAAGUUGAACCAUAAGUUCCAUGGAAUAGAAUCUCUUCAUAAAGAUAGCAGCAGCAUAAAGAAAAAAUCCAAAAAGCAAGUUGUACUUGGGCCCAUCACAAAAGAUGAACAAGAGGUUGCUGAGACUCUCUAUGCAUUGGCUGGAAUGUUUGAUAUCAGUGGCUCCAAUGGGGAGAAUGAACUAGAAAGCAAAUCGUUACCGAAGAAUUCCUCGGUUUCGCAGGACCAAGAGGAGAGUAUUAAUGCUACUUUUGAAGCUUCAGCAGCUAUUGAGGAUGCUAAUCUUAUUCCUGAAAGUUCAUCUAAGGGAAAAGAAAAAAUUAGUUCUUUAAGUGAAACCAUUGGUGAUGAACAGACUGAUUUUCCACAAUCUCACAACACUGCUCCAGAAACAAAUCUGCAGGACGUGCCUAUGACAGUUAAGACGAAUGACGAUGAUUGCAAAGUGGAAUUGAAUGACUCAAAGUUGUGUCUUGAAAUCGGAUUAAAUGUGUCUGCACUGUCACAAAUUUCACAUAUUGAGGGAAAGCGAGAUGUGGAGAAUGAGACGGUCGGAGGCAUUGAUUGUAAGCAAGAACAACACAUUAUCAAGUGCCAAAGAGAAAAUGAAGGUCCAACAUUGUGGCCAGGCUUGACAUCGAGUGCAUCUUCUGCAAUUAAUGCUUCUUGUUCGCAAAGAUCUUCUGCUGCUGUCAAAGCUCCACAUUGGCUUAAUGCUGCUAUUCGCAACUCCAAACAGGAUUUGAUGGGAAGUUGUUCCUCUAGUGGAAAGAGCUCCGAAGCUUUCAUUCAUAAAAAGUCAUGGAAGAGUUGUGCAGCUCAUGUUCACAUUGGUCAACUCAUCCGGAGUUUAGAACUGCCAAAACAACAGGUUGCCAAAGAACCCGAGCUUUAUGAAUGUGAUCAAAUCAGAGUACACCAAGGAUCAAAAUGUAGAGCUCUACCCGAAGGACAAAACUCAAUUAGGACAAGAAAUGGAAAUGGUUUUGCUGCUGGAACAGUUCAUUCUUCUAGUUUGGAGAAUUUCCCUGAAACUAAAAAUGGUAUUCUUCAGCAGCAGCAGUGCCAUUAUCUUGACAUAUCUCUGUCUCAGUCUCAGGCUCCUCCGGCGGCUGCGAAAUAUGGUCCUCAAAAGCAAAGUUUCAAUUUCUUGUCCUUGUCGACUGGAGGUAAUGAGUUAACGACCAGCGAUUGUUUUAAUAAAGGUGAAAGUAGGUUGCAACAGUUCUCAAAAUCGCAAGUGCCUUACUUUCGGUCUAUACAACAGCAGCAUGGGCUCAUGCCAAUAUCUACGCCUCCACCAAGUCAGUAUACCUCAACUUACCUGGAUAAGCUUCCUGCUGCAGGACCACAGGUGCGGUUGCAGCAACCUCAUUAUUAUGGUACGCCACUACGUGGAACUCAUUAUAGUUCGACAAUUUCAUAUAAAGAGCAGCAAUACCAAAACUUUUGGGCGGCGCAACUAGUAGCACAAGGUGGGUCUGGUGGUGUAAACUGCAAUGCAAUGAUGAGGGGCCAAUAUCCUAAUUUGCAAAAUGGAAGACUUGAAAAUUCUGCUGUUAAUUCGGGUGCCCGGAUCAUGCUUCCCCACCAGUCCUUUGUAUCGCUAGAAUCACUUGGUUCCAAGGUAACUUCAGUCACUGACCAACAACCCUUUUCAUCAAUUCCACCAUCAAGGACAAAUGGGCUAGAAGAACGUAGAGGUAGGUUCCAUGGUAGCGGUGUUUCAUCGUUGCAAUUGCUGUGUGAUGAGCGUAUCUGAAAUUGAACUCCUACGUUCAUUUUCUGUUUGAAAAGCCGCGUUAGUCAACUCGAGACGUGGGCCUCAUAGCACACAUCUUGUGAGGUCUAUAUUUUAGAGGAAAUUACUGCUGAGCAUGCAGGGAUAAGGAAAAUAAAUUCUGGUAGAUAAAUCUGAAAACUUCGAAAAGAAAAAAAUAAAAGAAAAGGACAAAUAGUUUACUGGUAAUUCUUCUGUACCUUCCCAAAUUAAUCCUUUUUAGCUUUUAUGCUUUGGACUUUUAGAUGCUCCAAUUAUUGUUGACUUGUGGAGUGUGUCAUUUAAUGUAAAAAUCCGAGGAACAAAAUUACUAAACUAAAGAAAGGGACAAGAUAGGUUGCCAAAGAACCUAAACUAUAUUAAUGUCAUUUGUUUAUAGAAACACACAUGCUGAUUGGCAAGGAUUAGAAGGAA